UUUUCGGUUUGUGAGUUAAUGUGCAGUACCGGCGUAAAAUUAGACUUGUUUUUUAAAAAUCGAGGAUGACUUACUCUCUGGGAGGACUAUAUAUUUAUUCUAAUCAUUUUGAUGUAGACUUUGUUACGUUAUUAAAAUGUCAAUGGAAUAAUAGAUAUUAUAAGUAAAUUUGUUUUAAUUAAAAACAAUAUAAAUAUAAAAUAAACAAUAGUUGACAGCAUGGAUACAAACAGCACAGAUGCCAAUAAAAAGUGUAUUUCUAAUCCAUAUAAGAAUUCCAUAAUGAAUAAUGAAAAUAAAAGCAAUAUCGGCCGUUGUUUUGAUAAUUAUUCGAGUAAAAGGUACUCAGCGCGUGAUUAUUCGAGCAAUAACGAAUACCUUGAUUUCGAUCGCUGUUGUGAUGAUAUUGUUGAUGAAGUGAUUGACAAAAAAGAUAUAAGAAAUACAAGAAAACAACAGAGUUGCAAUUUACAUUCUACUGAAAUAAUUAGAUGGUAUUGUUAUCUAUGUGAGCAACUUAUAUGUAUUGAAUGUCUGUUAACUAACCAUCAAACUUUAGAACAUCGUUAUGAAAAUAUAACUCAAACUGAAAUUCGUUUCGAUAAAAAGUUGGCUGAUAUAGUUUCACAAAGUAAUAAUCAAAUUAACGAAUGGAAAAAUACUCCGUUAUAUGAAAAAACGUUGCGGGAAGUGGACUUUCAAUAUGUCCAGGUUGAAGAUAAAAUUAAUGAAACCUACGAGAUUUAUAAAACUAUUUUAAAAGAAUUCAGAGAUAACAGUCUAGUUGAUCUAAAAGAACUACGUGAAAAACGUAAGACUGAAGUUGUUGAUGCAUAUCACAAAAUGAACAAACUUGUCAUGGAAAUCAAAGAAAAUGUACAGAAGACUACAUCAAAUUAUUUGAAGAGAGAAAACGAGUUGGAUAAUAUUAAUUUCAAGGCCACAUUGAUCAAAGAGCUAUCGAAUCGGAUUAAUAAAAUUUCUGAGAUGAAUGACAUAUUUUAUAUAAAUUUUCAAUUUAAUCCGAGAUGUUUUGAGAAAGUUAUUAAUGAUUUUCAUGAAAUGCGUGCGAAAGAUAAAAUUAAUAAUUUACAAAGAAUUUAUCAUUCAUCUAAUCCUUUCAUGAACGAAUUGACAGAGACUCAAAAGUUAAAACUUGAGCAGUUGAUAAAUAAUAAUCCGAUACUUAAUUUAAAUAAUAUUAAUACAGAUGCUGAUAUUCAUUCGGAUUCUUCAAAACCAUCUUCAAUAUCAAAUAAACAAACAGUUACUGAUACAAAUCUUAAUAUUGAACCUCAUCCAGAAGAAAAAUUGAACGUUUCUGAUAAAAUUAAUUUAACUAGUUCAGCUGUCCGUGAAGUUGCUAAUAAAUCACCAAUAAAAUAUGUGUUAACUGGAAGCAUUGAUAAUAGACAAAAAAUAUCGAUGAGACUUCAAAGAAGAAUUAAUGAAUUUUCAUGCCCGCAAGAUCUUUGCUUGAGUGAAAAUGGAGAUAUUAUAGUAGCAGACACAAAAAGCCAUGAAAUCAAAAUAUUUGAUAAGGACGGUAAUUUUAAAUUAAAAUUUGGAAUGUAUGGCAAUAAAAACAGUUAUUUUAUAUAUCCAAAAUAUGUGACGGUUUUCUUGAAUAAUUCUCAAAACAGAGGAAAUAUUGUUGUCUACGAUAAAGUUGAUUGGAUUCCCAGAUUGCAAAUGUUUGCAAAUAAUGGAGUCUUUUUGAAAUCUGCAGUUUUUAAAAUCAUGGAUUUCUUGAAAGCACUUGCUACGACUAAUAAUGAUCGUAUUGUAGCUCUAGAUCAAAGCAAACAAAUAUUCGUUAUUUCUGAUACUUUGAUUAUUUUAAAAAAAAUUGAUUGCAAACAGUUUCUUAUAGAACCAAUUACUAUGGCUAUUAAAGGUGAGGAAAUAUUUAUUUCUGAUAAGAAAAAAGUCUGCGUAACAGUUAUCAAUAACGAAGGUCAGUUUUUGGGUCACAUUGGUUAUAAAAAUCAAAACCGACCCUCACAAGGAAUUGGUUUUGUCAACGAUACAAUUUUAAUUAGUUUUAGUGAUUUCAAAGAAGUUCAGAUCUAUGAGUUUUCAAAAAAUGGUAGUUGCAGCUUUAAGUAUGAAUUGAGGAAUAUAAAAGUACUACAAUCUGAUAGAUUUGAGAUAUCGUCAAAUGGUUCGUUAGUAUUGUUAAAUAAAAUGAAUGAUGAAUUGCUUAUUCUAAACAUGUAGUUACACAUCAUAAAAGCUUAUAUUAUAUAAUAUACUAUUUAUCAAAUUACAACGGAAAUUCUUAUGUUUUUAAAUAACCAGCCAUCAACGAAAGUCAGUUAAACUUAUAAAUCAAUAAUUUAUAUUCAUGUAUCCUUUAUG